UAGAAAUAAGGACCGAACAAACAGUUUCCGAACAUAUAAUUCUUGUUUUAAUUAAAUCAAAGUUGUUAUUGACAUUGCAAAUGCUAUGAAAUUGAAAAGUUAUCGCUACACUGACGAAUAUAACCAAGAAUGCAUAAAAAUGUCGUAAAAACUUUAUUGUCUAAGCUUGAAGUUUAAACAAUUCUCAAUGGCACCAUGAAGGCACUAUUGGUAAUACUGGUCAUAUGCACACUGUAUUUAACUUUAGACUGCGCUAAUGAAUUACGUGAUACAAAAAUCGCCAUUAGAACGUAUCCAAAGAAAGUGAAUACAACAUUACAAAAGGGUAUCCAGUUAGUAAACUCCAAGAAAUUCGGAAAAUUGGGAAAAUAUGGAAGCCAUAAAGCUAAAAUUAAGAAGUCUCUUGUGAAAAAUAAUACCUACACAGCUUUCCCACCGUUCGCCGAGAGGAAAAUUAACGAUGUUCCAGAAAGUAUUAAUUUCCAAGGUAAUGCAGACAGAAAAACGCGUGUAAAAAAGGUUUUGCCAGAUUAUGGAAUUCCUUUCUUACGAAGGAAAAGGUCUGCUGCCGCUCACGUUAAUACGACAGGAAUAGGAAAAGCUACAGAAAAUAAUAAAAAUGUCAAGCGAAGAAAAAUUAACAAAAAGCGAAUAAAACGCAAAGGUCUAAAUAAAAAUACAAACAAUUCAUCUUUAAAAAGAAAUAAAGCAAAAAGUAAAACAAAAGUUAUUAAGGGUAAAGUUCCUUAUGUGAUAAAGAAAACAAAAAAGAGAAACAUAAAUGCCACAAAAUUGCGAACCGUAAAGCGUGGUAAGAAGAGGCUGUCUCGUAACCUUAAAUACACUAAAACCAAAAAUCAUACUAAAUUUCUAUACCCUGGGCGAGACCAGAUAGGACCUAAAAAGCCCUAUGCAAGGAAUCCAAAACAAGAUAGAAGAGUGACAAGGGAACAAGAAAAGAAAGUAAGGAAUAGACGUUUGAUAGCCGGGAGAGACGCUAUGAUACAAGACUACCCGUAUGUGGUGUCCAUUCAAAAGGACAACCGGCAUUGGUGCGCGGGCGCAUUGCUUAACCCCCGUCUUGUUAUCACAACUGCCAAUUGCGUAUGGAAAUCAAAGCGCAUAAGUCGGAUGCGCGUAAGAGCUGGUAGCAGGCAUAUGGACAGAGGUGGUCAGCUUGUCAAGAUCCAGGAGGUGGUCAAACAUCCCAGGUGGAGUAUCCGCACGCUACCUGACAACGAUGUGGCUUUGUUACUUCUAAAUAAGAACAUCAAAUUUUCAGAUUCAGUACACGGUGUAGAUCUUCCGAACCGUGCCAUGUGGCCUGCGUUUGAAGAUGUUUGGGUCACUAGCUGGGGAGCUGAAAGGCGCGACGGCAUAUUUAAAUCAGUGGGCGUGACCCUGCAAGUGUACCACGCGAUGUUGAUGGACCACGAUAAGUGUAACAACGUCACUAUGCGCUUCGGUGUGGUCGUGUCGCACAACUUUAUCUGCGUCGCGCAGACUGGGAGACGCGCACCUUGCACUCGGGAUACAGGCGCUCCAGCCGUGAGUGACGGAAUAUUAUGGGGACUCGCGUCGUGGGGUAUUCGGAAACUAUGUGGUACAGAAAGAUAUCCCGCCAUGUUCUCAUACUUGGCAUCUCGUUCAAAUCUGGACUUCAUCACCAAUGCGACCCAUUACCUAAUGUCCGACAAGCGGUACUAUCCGUAUGGGGACAGGUUUGUUAUCGACAGGACAGGUCCUACCGAGACUCCUGCUACUGUUUACUGAGUUUUAUUAGUCGAUUUAAUUUAGAAUAGUCAUUUGAUUUAUUAAUAGUCAUAGAUUGUACAUAAAAAUUAUAUGUCUUAAAGGAUCAUAA